AAUAUAAGCAGCUCCGGGCCUGAGACUGAGAACCCAGUGCCCGUGUCACCCACACCUGUCUGCACCAUCGCCAUCGCACCGCCACCCUCCUGCAGCUCUGCCUCUGGGAGGAGGGUCCUCUGGGGUCUGUCGGGCAGCUCUACAGAGAGGGGCGAGUUUCUCGCCCCCACUCCAUUCACCCCAUUCCCAGCCUCUUCUGGCCAGCAGGCUGACGGGGGCCUAUUUCUCCCCAGCACCUUCCCCUGAGAACCCAGUGCCCCUGCCCCCCACCCCCCUCAGUAUCCAGUGUCCCUAGGACAGACCCGCCGCUGUCACCGCUGCCACUCCGCCGUCCCGCCGCUGCCUCGGGGCCAGCAAGAUGCAGUUUGAGAUGCACGACAACGUGAAAGGCAAAGCCAUGUCCUACCCGGUGACCAGCCAGCCCCAGUGCGCCAGCACCUGCUACCAGACCCAGAUCAGCGACUGGCACACCGGCCUCACAGACUGCUGCAACGACAUGCCCCUGUGCCUGUGCGGCACCUUCGCGCCCCUGUGCCUCGCCUGCCGCAUCUCGGACGACUUCGGCGAGUGCUGCUGCGCGCCCUACCUGCCCGGAGGCCUGCACUCGCUGCGCACCGGCAUGCGGGAGCGCUACCGCAUCCAGGGCUCCAUCGGACACGACUGGGCGGCCCUCACCUUCUGUUUGCCCUGCAGCCUCUGUCAGAUGGCGAGGGAACUGAAGAUCCGAGAAUAAAGAAGUGUCUUUCCCCCCCCCGCCCCCCUCCGUCCCCUCUGGUCUGCUGGCCUCCGCUGCCCCCUCCUGGGAGGGCCUGCCCUCCGCCCUAUCCUGACACCAGAAAUACACCCACAAUAAAAACCUGAAAACCAA